AUGAGGAACUAUCUUUCUGUUGGAGUAGCUGCCCUCUUGGCAUCAAAAGCGCUCGCCAAAGAUGACAAAUGGCUUAGUCCAGAGUACAAGCAGAUCUUCCAGAACCCAUUACCUAUACCUACCGACAAGGUAAAGGCAUACACUUACAAAAAUGAUACCACGGGUAACGAGAUCGACUUUUACGAGGUCGAUGUCAAACCAUUUGAACAACAGGUGUACCCUGGAUUGAAGCCAGCUAAGCUCGUGGGAUAUGAUGGUAUUUCGCCCGGUCCUACGUUCAGGUUGACCAAAGGUCGAGAGGCGAUUGUAAGGUUCAAAAACUAUGGAGAGCAAGAUCUCUCCGUCCACCUCCACGGAUCAUACAGUCGAGCACCCUUCGAUGGAUGGGCUGAAGACACUACUAAACCUGGUCAAUACAAGGAUUACUACUAUCCUAAUCAUCAGAGCGCGCGGACCCUGUGGUACCAUGAUCAUGCGAUCCAUCAUACGGCAGAGAAUGCUUACUUUGGCCAAGCUGGUUUCUAUAUCCUGCACGACCCUGCUGAGGACGCUUUGGGUUUGCCUUCUGGUAAAUACGAUCUUCCACUUGCAUUGGCGGCAAAGCAGUAUAACAAAGACGGGACGCUCUUUAACCCCAAGGACGAGACCAUAUCACUCUGGGGUGACGUUAUCCACGUGAAUGGUCAACCAUGGCCGUUCCACAAAGUGGAACCUCGAAAGUAUCGCCUCCGAUUUCUCGACACUUCCAUUAGCCGUGCAUUCAAGCUCACUUUCGAAGAUGAUAAGGGCAAAAACAUCAAUUUCCAGGUCAUUGCCGCGGAUACAGGCCUCAUGUCUAGGCCUGUGCAAAGCGAUAACCUUGAGAUUUCAAUGGCUGAACGCUGGGAGGUCGUUAUCGACUUCAGCACGUAUGCAGGCAAGAAUGUUACCCUCAAGAAUGGCCGCGAUGUACAGCACGACGAGGAUUACAACAGCACCGACAAGGUCAUGCGAUUUGUUGUUGGCAAAGAAGUCACCAGCACAGAUGGCAACGGCGAUCUCCCAGGUACGCUGCGCACCGUGCCUUUCCCGCCGAAGAAGAGCGGCAUCGACAGAUCCUUCAAGUUUGGCAGAACCGGGGGCCAGUGGACAGUCAACGGUGUCACUUUCGCAGACGUUAACAACCGCAUCCUCGCCAAACCUAAGCGUGGCACCGUCGAAGUCUGGGAGCUUGAGAAUUCCAGCGGUGGAUGGAGCCAUCCAGUUCAUAUCCAUUUAGUAGACUUUCAAAUCUUGUCCCGGACCAAAGGCAAGCGUGGCGUGCUACCUUACGAGAAAGAAGCAUUGAAAGACGUUGUCCUCCUCGGCGAGAACGAGGUUGUCACAGUCAUCGCCAGAUACGCUCCUUAUGAUGGAGUGUACAUGUUCCAUUGCCACAACCUUAUUCAUGAAGAUCAUGAUAUGAUGGCGGCUUUCAAUGUUUCUAGCCUCGGAGAUUGGGGCUAUCCGGAGACGACCAGGUUCAUCGACCCUAUGGAGCAGAAGUACCGAUCCAAAGACAUCAAUGACCACGAUGACGAGCUGGAGCAUAUCUAUGAAAAGUGUGCUGAGUUCGAAGCUAUGGAAGCUUACACUGAUCCGGAGAAAAUGGAAGACGCUCUUGUCUCCUAUUGGGUGAAUGGAGGGUUAAAGCCAACAACGCUCGCCACAAGCACUCGGCCUACUCCUCCGUCAGGAGCUUCUUCUACCGGAGCAAUAUCGCCGUCGAUUACAAGAGCUCCCUCUCCCAGCACAAAAAGCAAGAAGAAGAAAUAA